AUCAGUCGAGGGGGGAAGCUGCCCGUCGCUGUUCCCCGGCUCAGCCUCUCGCAUCCUGGCUGCAGAGCAUCAACACCGCCGCUCCUCCGCUUUCUCCCGGAGCUCCGCAACAAUCCCCGAGCAACUUCAACCGGCUCCCGGCGCCUCUACACGGGGAAACGAACACAGCUCGGGCCGGCGCGUUGCGUUUUAUUCCCUUCUCGGAUGAAUUAGGAUCAGGUUGGAUUUGGUCUGUUUCCUAUAGACGAGCGGCGCGUCAUGAGGAUUCUACAACUUCCAACAAGGGAGGACCUGUCAACCACCGCUGUGUCUCAAUGAAGAGCUUCAGCCAUGCACUGUUCCGUGAAGGCAGUGAUUUUGCUGGCUCUGACCACCAUCGCCAUCCAGUACACGGCCAUCCGGACGCUCACCUCCAUGCCUUUCCAGCUCUGCCCGCUGCCCAGCCCCCAGAACUGUGGCCAGGACACGGAGCCCCCCCCUGAGCGGGCUGGAGGCGGAGGCUGCGAUGAACUCCCCGACUCGUCCUUCAAUGCCACGCGUAAGAAACAAAAAACACACAUCCUGAUCCUGGCCACCACUCGCAGCGGCUCGUCCUUCGUGGGCCAGCUGAUCAACCAGCACCAGGACGUGUUCUACCUGUUCGAGCCGCUCUACCACGUCCAGAACACGCUGCUGCCGCGUCUGUCCACCAGCCGCUUCGCCACAGAGCGCCGUUUGAUGCUGGGGGCCAGUCGGGACCUCCUGCGCAGCAUAUGUGUUUGCGAUCUUUAUUUCCUGGAGAGCUAUAUCAAACCGACGCCCUCCAACCACACCACGGAUAAACUGUUCCGCCGCGGCGUCAGCCGAGCGUUGUGCCAGCAACCCGUGUGUGAUGCCUUUGGCCCUGCGGACGUCAAUGUGGAGGAAGGGGACUGCAUCAAGAAGUGUCCCACUCUGAACAUGACCUUAGCAAUGGAGGCGUGCCGCGGGAAACGGAACGUGGCUCUCAAAAUUGUCCGCGUGCCGGAAGUUGAAGAUCUCCGAGCUUUGGUGGAGGACCCGCGGCUGAACAUCAAAGUCAUUCAGCUCGUCAGGGACCCGCGAGGAAUCCUGUCCUCCCGGAUCGAGACUUUCAGGGACGCGUAUCGUCUGUGGCGGAUCUGGAGGGCCACGGGGAGACGGCCCUACAAUCUGGACAUGAGCACGUUCACUGUCCUCUGUGAAGACUUUCUCAAUUCGGUGUCCACUGGUCUCAGCCAUCCCCACUGGCUCAAAGGGAAGUACAUGUUGGUUCGCUAUGAAGACCUGGCGAGAAGCCCUCUGGUCAAGACGAGGGAGAUCUACGACUUUCUGGGGCUGUCCAUGGAUAAGAACGUGAAGGACUGGAUACAGGCGAACACUCAGGGCACCAACGAGCCCUCCACCAAACACAAGUUUGGCACCAUGAGGGACUCGGCGGCGAACGCGGAGAGCUGGCGUUUGAAACUGUCGUACGACAUGGUGGAGUACACGCAGGCCGUGUGUCAGAAGGUGCUCCACCAGCUGGGAUACAAGGCUGUGAGGUCGCCCGAGGAGCUGAAGAACAUGUCCCUUUCACUGGUGCAGGACAAAACCUUUGUACCUGUUUUGUAACGAAGAUAUCUCUCUAGUGAUUAUUUUUGAUAUAUUUAUAAUUGUUGCCUUAUGAUUUCCCCCCCAGAUAGUUUGUCUUUCUUUCUGUUUUUUUUUUUUGUUUCUUCAAAUUUGCACUAAACUUUAAAGAUAUCGAAUGCACCGAGGGAACCACGGAGCGUUCCCCCCGACGUUACACAACAGCACACUUAAAGAAACACAACGCUAGUUUACAAAUGUCUUAUUUCCUUCUUUUUCUAUCAUCUCCGGAAACCGAGAUGAGACACCCUCCUCGUUCAUCCCCUGUAUGCAAGCUGUGGUGUGGACAUGUUUUCUACCUGUGAUGGAGAAAGUGGACUGUACGAAGCCCAACUGUGCAAUAAAUGGUGAAUGUUGCAGUGAACCUUUACUGCUGUGGCACUUCUCUCCGUGCGGGGAGCGGGCGAGACGCUUCUGACAGAUGCCGCACUCGCAAAGGAUAAUUGCAAACAAUUAAUAAGCUCUCGAGUUAAAGGGACAGGAUCCCAGCGGAGGUCACCAGUGUGUCAUGGGAGGAUACACAACCAUCUGCGGUAGACAAACACACACUAAUUAGAUGUGAUGCUUAAAUCGUUACUGCCGGUGUUCGGGGGGGGGGGGGUUAUUCAUAUUUUUCAGCAGAGAGAAAUGAUGUAGGAGAGAUCCGGAAGAGGAGCUGCAUUUAUUCCAAGUCGGCCUUUUCUGUCUUGGUGGGUCCAACAUGUUUACUGGUUCCACUGGUAGAAAGACAUUCGGUGAAGCAGCAGCAGAUUUCCUCACUUUUUAUGUCGUCUGAUAGAAAAAAGGUAUAAAAGCGGGAAAACCCCCCACACUAAAAGAAAUGGCGUGUUCUUUCUCUCCCAGGUAGAAUAGGCCGCCCUUCUGAUGGUUCAUGUUAGAUUUAUCUUCCACAUGAAAGAUUCAUAACUGAGGAGGAUAUGUCUUUGUAGAGCAGGUUGCACUGCGGAUUCCCUUUUUUCAUAAAUGUUUUGCUCCUACAGUACAACACAACCACAUUUAUUUCUACACAGAUUACAGAUGAAGAGCAUUAGUUUAAUGAGUGGACAUAAUCUGGAACCAAUCCUCUGAUGGUCGUGGAACAGUCGGCUGCGUUCUACCAGGCGAUGUUAAAGGGCAGAAGCUCCAGGCUGAAACACAGAGCAGGUCACUGAAGUAAUAUGUUGUUCUGCAAUUUAAAAAAUGAUCCUGAAUCAAAGUUUACAUUUGUUUUAUUUAACUUUUGUUUUCCAAAACCCUGUUCACAGGAAAUAUCUGAACUCAAGCACAAAUAAAUCUCACUGUCAUGAUGAUUUGCUGCAUAAAAUACUAGCAGUUUGUUUAUUGGUGGAGUUUUGGACCAGUAUUGAUUUGA